AUGAAUUCUGCCUCACAGGAUAUCGCCGAUACUGUACGGCAGCUUCAGAAGUUGUCGCGUGAACUACAGCCUGUCAAAGCGGCGCUGGCGGCUAUCGCAAAACGUGAGAGGGCAACACCAAACGCCGCUACCGCCGCAGGAUCACUGGACAAAGUCGCCUCUCGCGUCCAAGAGGUAUCCCGUAAGUACAGUUCCUUCUUUAGUCGGGUCAAUUUCCUCCUGGACGCUGAGUUCCCUCGCCUACAAGCCAUUACACCACUGCUGGAGGUUUGCCGUGAUGGCGAGGACACUAGCGGGGAGGGCAACAGCGGGCAGGACCCGUUCCGGCUUGUCUGUUCACCAAUUGUCCCGCACAUUUUGAAUCGUACAAGUUACCACGUGGUUUGUGGUGUGAUUCGCCUGCACAUGGAAAUGGUUGAUUACCUUAUUGCAACAGAGCGGUAUCAGUUGGCCUGCCAUGUGGCUGACGCUUACGGGUUGCCGCUCUACCUGUUUCCGAGGCUUGCUGCACUUGUUUUACCGCCGCUUCCGCCCAUUCAAAACAACAGUGCCGGCUCUGAAGAAAGAGGAGGGGGAAGAGACUCCACCUCGCUCCCGGCGUCAGCACUCGUAUCCCCCUACCUCGGCCCAGUGUCAGCGAAAGCGACCUUGGGAUCAAACGAAACAGGGCCUCCACACGACAGCGUGCCGCCGGAACAUAUAGCUGUCAAGUGCAUUGAGGCAAAGCACUCUGUCAUGGAAGCGAUUGCAUACUGUGAAGGGAAACUGCUGCCCGCAUUGGAAAGUAUUGAGCCGGAGAGGCGGCCAAAAGAAAUGGAGGUGUUGUACGACCUUCUCCUGGACUUGCACGUUACACGGAUCCUGCAACUAUUUCAAGGAGGAACUACAGGGCAGGAGGCUAUCCACGUGUAUCUAGCAAACAAUAUCCUGCGAUGGGCAACACGCCGGCCAUAUUUCGUUCAGACUGUCAUCAACGCUCUCACACUACGAAGUGAGGCUGGCGCGACGGCAGUGCCACCUCAAAAGAGCGCCGUGCAGAACGGGAGGGAAAGAACGCCAAAUGGAAGAAGUGCAUGUCGAACCUCCCAAAAGGACGAAGAGGCGAUACGAUUGGUGGCGUGUAUGAUGUCAGUAGAGGGCUACCGGAAGUUGGCCGUUUUGUUCCACCGGGGAGCAAUUCUUGCAGGCUCGCAAAUCCUCUCCCUCGCUGAAACCCUCGAGCGCCGCAGGGCUUCAGCUGCCUCCCAAUCCCAAGCUGUUGGUAGCGACGCCUGCGCAAGUACCAUGGAGGGAUGCAAGUGUGAACUACCCGAUCUCGUCGUCCGUGCCGUGGCCGCAUCCAUCUUACUGAAGGACGAAUACUUUGAUCGCAUGGUAAUCAGCAGGCGCAGUGCCGCUGACGCCGAAAAUGGCGGGGGUGAGACGCGGGCAAUUCAAAUCCCACCAACUCAUCUGAACACACAGUCCGGGUCCGCGGCGUUUGAUGGAGCGGUCAUGGCAAUUGUGGAGGAAAUGUUGAGGUCAUUCUUCUGUAACAAGCAAAAUAGCGAGGCACAGCAAAGCGGUCGAGGCAAGUCCCUUGAUGGUGUGAACAGUUGCGUGCCUCUGAAUGCAUCAGAUCUGCUUCAGGUAGAGGAACGGUGGAGCAAUGACGUGAUCUUCAUUAGGCGUCCCACACGCUUUUACUGCUACAUAACGAAAGAGUGCUUCGAUGGCGGACGUGGUGGGAACUAUCCGCUUGCACUCCCUAAUGGUACAGUUGUGUCGAAACUCGCCAUCAUGCAGUACCACUCAAAAAAUGUCAGUCAAAGUGAUCACGCGCAACCAGUUGUGGUGUGUCCCCGAACGGGUGAAGAGUUCCCCAUAUCGGCAAUAAAGCGCAUCUUCGUUACCUGA